AUGAGAACGAGUGCUCCAGCCCCACCGCCUGCGGCUCUGCCUCCUGCUACAACACCCUGGGGAGCUUCAAGUGCGUCUGUCCCUCCGGCUUCGACUUCGACCAAGCCUUUGGUGGGUGCCAGGACGUGGACGAGUGCUCGGCAGGAGGCAGCCCCUGCAGCUAUGGUUGCUCCAACACGGAUGGGGGGUACCUCUGCGGCUGCCCCGGGGGCUACUUCCGAGCAGGACAAGGGCAUUGCAUUUCUGGCUUGGGUUUUGGGAAGGGUCCCUACCUUCCUGCCCCUCAAGAGGAGGAUGAAGACAACCUGCUGUCCCCUGAGACCUGCUAUGAGUGCAAGAUCAACGGGUACCCCAAGAGGGGCCGGCAGCGGCGCAGCCUCAACGGCACCGAGCAGCAGCAGGCUCACCCCGUGAACUUGGCCAGCAUGGACGUGGACUCUCCUCUCUCCAUGACCCUCAACCUCUCCGACCUGGCUCACAAGGAGCACAUCCUGGAGCUCCUGCCGGCCGUGGAGCCUCUGGAGAACCGGGUGAAGUACCUCAUCUCCCACGGCAACCAGGACGGCUUCUUCCGAAUCCACCAGAGGGAGGGGUUGAGCUACCUCCACCUGGCCAGGAAGAGCAUCGUGCCGGGCACCUACCUGCUGGAGAUCGUCAGCGUGCCCCUCUACCGCAAGAGGGAACUGCAGAAACUCCAAGCCAAGAACCACCUCGACUACUUGGCGGGGGAGCUGGGCCGAGCACUGAGGAUGAAGCUCCAGCUCCAGCUCUACUAA